GUGUCACGAUAUCGUCGCUGUUUCAGGUAUAUUAGAGAUUUAGUCGCGAAACACACUACUCAAGAUGACGGAGUAUUGGCUGAUAUCCGCGCCGGGUGACAAAACCUGUCAGCAGACAUGGGAGACUAUGAACAAUUUAACAUCCAAACAACAUUCUCUGUCGGUGAACUAUAAAUUUCAUAUUCCGGAUCUGAAGGUCGGAACGCUGGACCAGCUAGUCGGUUUGUCGGACGACCUGGGCAAGCUUGACACAUAUGUAGAACAAGUAACGCGUAAAGUGGCGACGUAUCUGGGCGAGGUUCUGGAGGACCAGAGGGACAAGCUGCACGAGAACUUGAUGGCCAACAACAGUCAAACAUCAAUGGAGGGGGAGAGCUCGAGCCCCGAAGGGGCUCCGGACACCCCGCCAAACACCCCUGUUACACCAUCACACAAGACUACGAUGGAGCAUCACAGACAGUGGAGGGAAUUGGAGAAGUCCGAACCAGAGCCGGCCACCUGUUUAGGUCAGCAUCAUCACCAACGUCAUCAUUUCCACGACCAUCAGCAUCAUCACCAUCACCAACAUCAUCAUAGUUCCCAUAAACAUCACCACAACGAUCAUUCCUCCGCGUUCGAAAAGAAGCUGUCGUACGAUCUUCAGGGCAUCUGUGAUGUCAAAGCUCAGCCCAACAACUAUGUCUCGUCGAUAUACUCAUGCUACCAUGCCCAUUGGUGCGUUGCUUCUGUACCUUCGACGCCACGCUCCAGUCCCACUCCCGCGAGUCCAACCCUCUCCUCCCUCUCAUCGAACUGUAGCAGCGAAGGAGAGCUUGGGUGGCAGCAGCCGUUACGUCCGCGGACCACCACUGAGAAAGAUCCAGAUCGAUCUGCCCGCAAAUCGGUUGGAGAUGAUGAUGACGACGACGAUGACGAUGCGGACCAAAACAGCGACCAAGACCAAGAUCAAGACCAUAGUGGCAAUUUGCCGAAUCCAGGUGAUCUGCCAUCAUAUAUAACUCGAUUCCAGUGGGACAUGGCUAAAUACCCCAUCAAACAAUCUCUGAGAAACAUCGCAGAUAUUAUUAGUAAACAAGUGGGACAGAUCGAUGCUGAUCUAAAAACUAAAUCCACAAUAUAUAACAAUUUGAAAGGCAGCUUACAAAAUUUGGAAAAGAAACAGACGGGAAGUUUAUUAACACGAAAUUUAGCAGACUUAGUGAAAAAGGAACACUUUAUUCUGGAUAGCGAAUAUUUAACUACUUUGCUUGUAAUUGUACCGAGAUCCAGUUUCCAGGAAUGGUACGGUUGUUAUGAAAAACUGACAGAUAUGAUUGUACCGCGUAGUACACAGCUCAUUACUCAGGAUUCAGAAUACGGAUUAUUUACAGUCACUUUAUUUAAGAAAGUAAUGGACGAGUUUAAAUUGCAUGCUCGUGAAAAGAAGUUUAUUGUACGAGAUUUUACAUAUAAUGAAGAAGAAUUAGCAGCAGGAAAGAAUGAAAUUACAAAGUUGGUAACUGACAAAAAGAAGCAAUUCGGACCGCUUGUCCGUUGGUUAAAAGUGAAUUUCAGUGAAUGUUUUUGCGCUUGGAUUCAUGUUAAAGCUUUGCGCGUAUUUGUUGAAUCUGUUCUUAGAUAUGGCUUACCUGUCAAUUUCCAAGCAAUAUUACUGCACCCGCAUAAGAAAUGCGCAAGGAGAUUACGUGACGCUCUAAAUCAGCUUUAUGCUCAUUUAGAUUCAUCCGCUACCGGUACAACGGCGCUACAUAAUCAAGAUAGCGUGGAUAUACCAGGAUUAGGUUUUGGCCAAAGUGAUUAUUUCCCGUAUGUCUAUUACAAGAUCAACGUGGAUAUGGUUGAUAAUAAGGUCUAAUCAGUCUGCUUUUUUCCUCCCGAAUGUCGCACUUCCUUUUAUAUAUCCGGAUAUAAUUCUAUUACAUUAGGAAUCUGGCGGCGGAUGCGUACAAGUCUCUUACUUGUAUCAAUAUAUAAAAAGAACACUGCAUUUCCAGAAAAGUUCUUUCAAUUUUUCCUUAGUUAUGUUUAUAAUUAUAAAUCAUAAUUCACUAUAAUCGGAGAACAGUGUCACUUAACUUUUUUCGGAAAUAAUUAUUUUUCUAAACCAAUAAAAUUGGAAUAAUGUAUAAACUGUAAUAUUAUACUCGGAACUGUGCAUAAUAGUUUGUGCAUUCCCUUAUACAUAUUUCUCUUAAGUAUUAAGCAUAAAACAAGUGAAAUUAUAGACGAUAAUAAAGAUUAUAAAUUCUCAGGCAAUUACCAUUGAUCACAUGCUUUCGAUUUGUAGUUGUGGCAUCAAGUAUCUCUGUGACAGCAAUUUAUUUUGAUUCUUUGUUACUUCUCGAUACUUGGAAACAGCGCGACAUAUUUUACACGCUAAUGCGACAUAAAAAUGCAUACCGUUUCUAAGUAGAAUUGCCACAAUAUGAUUAAUUAUGUACCCGUUAAUCUGUUGUUAAUCUCUGUCCAUACAGAGUUAAAGUGCUGAUCUUUUCAUUAAUGUGUAAGAGAUCAAGACUUGUGAAAAAAAAAUAUAUAUAUGCACCUUGUUACAUCUUAUAAAGAAUAUUCACACUGUGUCAUGUGAAUAUUUAACAAAAAAUGUGAAUUGUUAACCACAGUACAGAAAAAAUGGAAUAUCUUAUUGUUGAAUACUAAGACGAGAGUUUUAUGUCAUGUAUUCUUAUAGUAUUUUAUUGUUUUAAAUUUAAACAAAUUUAUGGACUAUAAAAGUAAGUUUCACACGCGCGUAAUAUGUGCAGUUUACAUUAUGUAUUGUCUGUAUGGAAAAGUCGUAUUAUCAUGAGUCUAAAAAUUUUAAUAUAUUAUGAACCAUUUUUAAUAAUUGAAACAUAUACUAUAUUGAAACAUAUUAUAAUCAUUGUUUAGCGUCUAAAUAUUUUAUUAGAUUGAAGGUAUCUUAUGCUAACAGCGAAUUUAUCGAAAAGAUAAUUAAUAAAAACGUUUUAAAAAUUUUUUUUAUUUCGUAAAACUCGACUCCCAAUAGAUGGAGAAAACAAUAAUAUCGAUUUUUUUUAUAUUAUUAAGCAUAAAUUCAUAUUUCUGAUUAUUCAAAUAUGUAGACUUGUAGACUAUAUUUUUUUAUCAAUUGUUUCAUUUGUAAAUUAAAUUUAGCUAUUUUUGAGUUGGCACCGUUACAAACUGCACAAUAUAUAAGUCUCUUUGGUGAAUAUAUAAUAUAUAUAUAUAUAUAUAUAUAUAUAUAUAUACCAAUUAUAUAAAUAUAUACCAUAAAAAUGUAUUUUCUGAAGAAAUUUCAUGUUCAAACAAGUUUAGUUUCUCACACUGAUUAUAAUGUAAAUUGCUUGUACAUAAGAAAAAUCCAUGUAUAGCGUUCAUGGUUUCAUAUUAUUAUAUUUUGAGUUGCAAGAUCAUUGUAAAAUGCAGACCAAUGUACAAUGUUUUAAUCAAGCGAAAUCAUACCAGCGGAAAUCGAUGACAAUACUGAUUAAAUGUUGUCUGCUCCUUAAGCCUACACAAAGAAGCAAGAUGUGGCAUGUAAUAAAAAAGAAAGGAUACAUAUACAUAUUGGCAGUUAAAUUAUGUAGAUACGUUUAAAGAAAUGAUUAUACAUUGCAGUCAAUUGACUUUUGCGAAUUGUAUAGGUAAAUAUAAUUGUAGAUAAUAAAUAUUUAAGUUUAAUUGUCAAUAUC